AUGCAAGCCCUGACCCUAACCAUCAAGCGGAGAACAGACAUCUAUCUCCUCCCCUUCCUCUCCCUCAUCUUCCUCCUAAACUCCCUCGACCGCUCGAACGUUGGAAACGCCGAGACCGCGGGUUUUACGCGCCACGCAGGGCUUGCGCCGGAGGAUUUGAACGAUGCUGUGAGCGCGUUCUUUGUCGCGUUCGUACUACUGCAGCCGGUCGGCGCGGCGUUGGGUAAGAGGGUUGGUGUCGGGAGAUGGGUUGGUGGGGUUAUGGUUGGAUGGGGGAUCUUGACGGGGUUGAAUGCGUUCGUGCGAUCCAGGUCGCAGUUGAUCGGGUUGAGGAUUUGUAUCGGGGCUUUAGAAGCGGGGUUUUACCCAGCGACGGUGUUCUAUUUGUCGUUAUUCUAUACACGAUAUGAGUUCGCUCAGCGGUUGGGUAUGUUCUACGGGCAGUACGCUGUCGCCGGGGCUUUCGGUGGUUUGGUAUCGUACUUUGUGUUCAGAUUAUUUCCCACCGAACCCGAAGGCGACAUUAGAGCACCUUCCACCCAUGAACCCGAACACGAAGGCUGGUACAGCUACCAGAUCCUCUUCCUCCUCGAAGCCGGUCUUACCAUAAUAGCCGCACUCACAGCCUUCCUCUGGCUCCCGACCGGCCCGAAAAAUGCCUGGUGGCUCAAGACAUCUGCGGAACGAGCUUGGGCCGAGAAACGCAUCUUAAUAGACCGCGCGCAGGCGGAAAACGCUCUCGAAGUGGAGGAAGAAGGCGAGGAGCUCCUAGCCGACAACGAAUCCGACGAGGAGGAGGCAAAGCAGCGACGGAGAAGAAGCCUAAGCACCAGCAAGAACGGCAAAAUAAUCGGCGGUGAACCCGGCUUAAACAUGCAAGACAUCACCGACGCGAUCACAGACUGGCGCGUCUGGUGGCUCCUGAUCUGCAACAUCACCUCCUCCGUCCCCGGCAUCGCAUUCGGUGUCUUCCUCCCGCUCGUCGUGAAGGGCUUCGGAUACUCCACCUUACAUGCGAACCUCCUAACGAUUCCUCCAUUCCUGUGUGGUGCCUGCUCCCUCUGGUACACCACGUACCUCUCAGACCGCUCACGCCUACGCCUCAAGUACAUCCUCUACGGCCUCACCCUUUCGCUAUUCUCCCUCGCAUUGCUAGUCCUACUGCCCCUAACCGCUCUUACCCCACGCUACGUCGCCCUCUGCUUACUGCUCUCGGGGACGUACAUCGCUUCCCCCCUAACCGUGGCGUGGCUAAGCAAUAACAUGGAAACACCUGGCAAGCGUGCCGUCGUGCUCGGGAUAAAUGGCUGGGGCAAUGUAGCGGGCGUGCUGGCGAGUUGGAUCUUUCGUCCGGAGUGGGCGCCCGGGUACGAGAGGAGUUUUGGCUGGACGAUGGGAAGUGUUGGCAUCGCGUGGGUGGGCUAUGCGCUCUUCUGGGUUGCGAUCAGGGGCGGGAAUGGAAGGCGGGGGAGGAUGGGGUUGGCGUUGGUUGGCGAGUGA